UCACGGGCCGCGCUGGGCGCUGCCGCUCCGCCCGCCGCUCUGCCUCGCCUGCGCCGUGGAGACCCUGGGCGACGGCAGCGCCUCGCUGGUGCGCAAGAAGCACGUCCUGUCCCGUCUCCAGGAUGCCCUGGCCUGGCAGGCGCUGCCAGUCGUCCAGCUGCUGGCACCAGACGAGAGGGUGUGCGUGCAUUUGAUAGGAACUCUCUUUGGGAUGUUGCAUUCUGUGGAAGACAGCAGUGCCCUGAACCUAUUGGUUGAAGUUCUGGUGCGGCUUCUUGUGGAGCUGAAGUCAGAACAGUACUUAUACUGCAUUUUGGAUGAAAGUCAGAAGGAGCUGUGCAAAGCAACUACCAUGAGAAGCAGCCUGCCCACAUUUUCUCUCUUGGGCAAGCUGGCAGAUGCCAUCCCAGGCUUUGCUGAUAUACUGGUGGGAAAGCACAAUAAUUUAGUGGAUCAUCUGCUGAUGGGCUUGAUGUACCCAAAUGAAGGUAUAAAGGCUGCUGUCUGCUACUUGUAUGGCAAGCUGUACUCCUCUCCUGUUGGCACAGAACGGCUCGCAGGACACUUUGAAGAAAGGCUGUGUGGUGUCUUCUUGAAUACCUUGGGGUGUGCACAGACAAAGGAGCUGCAAGUUAAUUGUUUGGGUUUGCUAAAGGAGCUGCUGAAAUCUGAUCAUUUUGUAUCUAUUCUUAUGAAUAAUUCAAAGACAGAGGAGGAGACUGAGAACCCUGACUUUUUAGCAGGGGAAAAUCCACUGCCACUUGUUCUCAAAAAGCUCUUGUUGACCAGAGAUGAGAUGUUACAGGCAGCGAGUUCUCACUGUAUGGCUUCAGUGCUGGUUCACUCUCCUAGCAGAUAUGCUUCUGCUUUUAUCCAUGCAGAUGUCCCAGAGUUUCUUUUCGAGUGUCUCUUGUGCAAAAGUGAAUUCCUAAUCUGGUCAGUGUACUGCUGCCUGCUCCUCCUGACUGAAGAGCGCCUUUUCUUCUCCAAGUGUCACACCGUCUAUGGCAUUGAAUCUCUGGUGAGGAGUCUCCAGGGUGUCCUGCUGCUGAACAAUGUGGAGUUGCACAAGCAAGGGCUCCUGCUCUUCACUGAAAUACUGAAACGGCAACCAGUGGAAAUCAAAUUAUUCACAAACCGAGGUGUAUGUAUAGAAGCCAUUGAUGUUCUGAUGGAGACAGUGAACUGCCCAGCGCUGGAGGUGGCGGUGGAGGCUGUGAAAGCUGUGGCAGCUUUCCUGAGGAAGGACCAUCUGAGCUCCCCUCCAGUCCCAUAUGAAGAGCUGCAGAAGCUUCUGGAAGCAGUGCUGAAGCGAUGUGCUGACCUUUCCCCACCACAGAGUAGUAAGAGGCAUGCAGGUGAUCUCCUAUUCUCAGUGUCUCAGAGUCACCUGGCAAACAGAAAUCUUGGUAGAGUUCCUCAGAGACACGGUCAGUUCUUACUCAAUACCCUGGAAAGUUUCAGAAAUGCUUGCAGGUUAGCAGUGGAAUUCCAGGGUGACUUCAUGGCCCAGGAGAAUGCUUUCACUGCCCCCAACUCUGAGAGCAAAGACACACUAAGCAAUUUCUCUGAGUUCCUGCUGAGGAUUUGUGACAGUCUCUGCAUCCCCAUGGUCAUGAGCCAUCUGGAAAGGGCUGUCAGCCCGUCAGUGACGGAGGUUUUCAUCUCAACACUCAGUACCCUCUUUACAGUGGUGCCAAGCAUGCGGAAUAAGUUCUCCAAGAAGCUGGCAUCCUCGUCCUUCAUCCGACUGACACUGGAGCUGAAGGCCAGAUUUUGCUCUGUACAGAGGUAUUGUGACAUGUGCAUUGUAAGUGAGCCAAAAAUUUCCAGAUGGGAAAGUAGAUCAUGCCUUAUCUAAUACACCUGAUUAGGCAAGAUGAGAGGCUGAAAGACUCAAGAAUGGUUGUAUCUUACUGAAAAAUGUAAAUGGCUACUGACAAUGGAAGAGCUUGAUGUGAGAGAAGGGAGAAGCAGUUGGGUGGGGGGCGGAUGGAUUUACACAGCACUGUGAGAAUUCUGUGCUCUGUCGUGAGUUGCACAGAGAUAAAGAAGCCUGACUUUGGAGUAGUCAGCUCAGUGGGUGUUCUGAAGAGAAGUACCAGUAGCAUCAGUUCCAUCUGAGCUCUGGCUUCCUAGGCGUAUACUACCAC